UUGGCUGCAUAAACGUAGAAAAAGUCUCGUGACUUUAAAUCUCCGGUUUGACUAUUCAUUAUGGCGUUUGAUAAGCACAAGCACAUAUCCGCUUUUUUCCUUCUUCUAUUAACAUGUUUUGUCGUGGUUUCCAGCUGGAAUCAUCACAUCAAAGUUUCCUCGCGAUCAGGCAACGAUACAAACUCGUGCUUGUMCAAUUUCUCGAUACCUUGCAAAACAUUAGCUUAUGUUUUGGAAAACAAGAUAGAUAACUCAACAUUUGUUGAACUAGAGAACGGAACCUACUUCUUGGAUAAAGUCUACAGCAUCAAAUACAGACAGAACAUUUCAAUUGUUGGCCAAGGCAAAGUUUAUAUCAAAUGCAAUUCGUCAGCGAAUGAGUCUGGAAUUUCGUGGCAGAUGAGUGAGGGUAUUAAGUUGCAACAGUUGAGCGUUGAUGGCUGCAGUCAUGUGACACAGGCACCGCCACUUGAUAACAACAGCUCUAUAUACCAGUUUUAUGCUGGAAUGGUGUUUACUUAUUGUAAAGAUGUAGAGCUUGACUUUUGUACAUUCARCAAUAGUCGUGGCAUUGCAGUCGUGAUGUAUGAUACUGGUGGAACUGUUAAUGUCUUUAAUUCCGCCUUUAUGCAUAACGGAGUCUUGGAGAGUCCUAUCAGCAAUGUUCAUAACAGCAGUGGUGGUAUAUUGGUACAUUUCACACAAUAUGGAUCUCUUUACCCUUUUAUAAAAGAAAACACAACAUAUUCCAGUUAUAACAGCUACAAUUUCAAGGACUCAAAGUUCAAAUCAAAUCGUUAUAAGUAUMAGUUAAUGCCUGAUGUUGAUACUCCUUCAUUUUUUGGAUGGGGAGGAGGUUUGACACUGAUUGUUUGUGGAUCUGCUCAAAACAACAGGUUUGCURUWGAYUCUUGUCAYUUUGAARAAAAUCRAGCAAUAUGGGGUGGAGGCAUGUUUGCAGAAUUUCACAAUAAAGCCCAGGGAAAUUCUAUUUUGGUYUUCAACACUACGUUUUGGAAAAAUCAGGCAAAGUUUGGUGGUGGUGCUGUGAGGACUGGAAACAACAUAGUUGAAGRACCAUAUGCAGCACUAAAAGAGAACAAAAUAGAACAUGCAUUGAAUGUAUUUAAUGACAACGUUGCAGCUAUAGGAGGGGGGAUAUCACACUAUGGAUGGACCUACAACCAAGUAAAUACUACAGAUUUUCGAAGAAUUUGCUUUAAAGAAUGCAUUUUUCAAGACAACAAGGCCACAAUGGGAUCUGCUAUUAGYGUUGCCUUAAAUAAUGAGAAUAACUGGAGGGGUAUGGGAAAUGAGAUUGCAUACACAAUUGAACUUGAGAACUGUUCAGUCCAUGRUAAUGUUGCAAUAAAAGAURACGUGACAGGUAUGGGCGCUGUCUAUACAUCUGGAGUACCUUUUAUAUUGCGAGGAAAUAACACAUUUAGGAACAAUACAAAUACUGCUUUCCUAUUGGAUAACGCACCCUUGAAAGUGUUAGGUAAAGUUAACUUCAUGGAUAACAAAGGUUUUAUGGGUGGAGCACUGGCCUUUUAUGGUAAUGCAAAGCUAAUAUUGACCAAAGAUUCUCAUGUGUUGUUUKCAUAUAAUGAAGCAAAGCAAAAAGGUGGUGCAUGGUACAUUAGGGCACCUGGACCCGAGGUUACUCCAUUUCACACUACAAAGUUGCAAAGACACCAAUGUUUUAUAGUUUACGAUGAUGAUAACCACUUGAUUGACAUUUAUGAGGUGAACAAAUGGAAAACAAAACUUGAAUUUAUCCACAAUACUGCUCCACUAUUUUGUGGAAAUUCUGUGUAUGCAACCACUUUGCAAUCUUGUUAUCUCCUUGGCGAGGAAAGUGGGUCUAAUACUGCAUUUGAAUGGAAACAAAUUGUCAUUUUUAACAUUACUGGAAAAGUAGAAGAUGAGAUUUCCACAGAUCCUGUUAAAAUCCAUUUCAAAAAACAAGAAUGGUCUAAUCUUGCACCCUACGAAGAAUUUAACGCAUCGAUCYWCCUUCUUGAUGAGAAGCACAGUACUGUUUCUGGUGUUGUCAAAAUUUCAGUGAGGAGUACUGAGAAACAGUCAUCAAGAGCUGUGUCUCUUCUUCCCAGGUCAUCRCUGUUUUUAGUACAAACAUCUAAACAMGACAAUUCAACAGAGAGUGUUGUUCCUGGACUUAGAAUUAAAGGCCCUGUAACACAGAGCUUUGAUUUAGAAAUCUCUACUACAAAUGGACAAGUUGUCAGAAUUGUUUCUCAKAACUUGGCACUUMAUUCUUGCARAGAUGGAUUUGAACAAACAGAAARAUUCCCAGACAAAUGUAUGUGUAUGGACGAAACAGAGAAGCAUCAUGAAGGGGUAUCGCAUUGCUCAGAAGAUAAUARAAAUGUUUAUUUAAAGAUGGGUUACUGGGGAGGAAGAGUCCCAAAUAGUGAAAAUAAAAUGGACUUUAUAACGUAUCCAUGUCCAAAGGGAUAUUGCACAUUUGAUCCAAACAAGACUGACUUUAUGUAUGAUAAAGCUACUAUAUGUGCGUCCAACAGGUCUGCCGAUGUUAUUCUUUGCGGCACAUGCAAGAAUAAUUAUUCGUUAUCUUUAGGUAAUGAGAAUUGUACUGCUGAUGCCGAAUGUCAGGAGCAUGGCUACGAUAUAUAUUGGGGCCUUCCUGUCUUCCUAAUUAUUGUUCCUUUAGUUGUUUUUGUUCUUCUUCAUAUCAAUGUCGACAUAUUCACUUCGUAUCUGAAUGCAUGGUUGUAUUUUUAUCAAAUUCUUCCAAUUGUUGUCCAACCGGAAGAGCAGUUUGAUAAGGGAAUGCAGAUGAUUCUUGCUUUUGUUUCCUGGAAAAUAGAAGGCGCCCAUUUAAGCUGUUUCAUGAAGGGCUUGGACAACAUUACAAAGUUGGUUUUUAAUUACCUUUUUCCAUUUUAUGUUCUUUUGGUAGUGRUUGUUAUCUCGCAGAUUACCAAAUGCUACACACGUUGUACAGGUAAAAAUUGUUUUGAAAGAACUAAUGUCUUCCGUGCUAUUUCUACUAUUCUUGUCUUGUGCUACACSAAUAUGAUUCUAAUUUCAUUUCACGUCUGCUGGUGGGUGAGAAUCGACUCGAAUAUUGACGUUCUUAUAGUUCAAGGUAGCAUUUACGCAACUAGAAGCGGUGUCUCCGAUCCUGCUAUCCCUCCUUUAUACUAUUUUCUUCUUGUUGUUGCUAUUCUAGUUAUUCUCUUUUUUGUGAUAGCUCUACCAGUAUCACUUCUUUUGAGAUCGUUUUUGGUGCGAAGGUUCGCAUUUAUGCGAAACUUCCGGGCUCUGUAUGAUAUCUUUGAUCAUUGUUUUCGCGAUGGGUAUGGACGCUUUUCAGCUUAUUACUUCAUAUGGCGAAUUAUAUUCCUUCUGGUUACUUCAAUACGCUCGGAGCCAGGCCCAUACAAACGAUGCUGGUUUGAACUGCUUACUGUKUUGUCUCUUGUGAUAUUUGUCUUUUUUCAACCAUAUAAAACCGACUCCAAUCUKAAGUGGUUGAAUAUGGUGGACACUAUGAUACUUACAGACUUCUGUCUCAUGACAAUCAUGAGCUCUUCUCGCAACUCUGAGGCUUCUAGCAGCACAAGAAAAGGUCUAGAAGUUGCCAUUAAAGUUCUUGCAUGGCUUCCAAUGGUUUAUCUGGUGGUGUUGAUAAUUUUGACUSUAAUACACUACCGUACAGCUAUAAGAAACUACUGCGGUGGCCAUUGUAAUUUUYUAACCAGAAGGGGCUAUCAGAAUAUUGAUGAUCAAGAAGAACRGUCUGACGGCAAUUCUUCUGGUCCUAAAGAUAUUGUGUUCAAAUAAGUGUGAAGCAUUUGUGUUGUGAAUGUCUCUUCGAUCCAAACCGCCCUCAAAAUCAAAAGGUCAUUUGUACGCUGCACCCUCGAUUCAGCAUUAUAAGUUUAAACUAAGAAGCCUUUUCACAGGUGAACAGCAUAGUUCAAUAUGGAUGUGCGUAAGGAAAUGAAUAGAGGAUAUUCAUGAGAGUAAAAUAAAAUAAUAAUUAUUCCACUUCAUUGGUCUCUUUGUCAAUUUUUGUUUUUAUCCCGAUGUGUAGCACGGCAAUGUGAACAGUACUGUUUGUGUCGAUGAAAAGGCUUGUUUAGUCAGACGUUGUAUUUCACAUGAAAAUACGAAGAAUUAGUAGCAUUACUAAACAGAUGAAUAACUUAGGAAUUGUUAACUUAAAGAAGCACGAAGAAAGCUUACCUAGUCUUCUUCAUAGUCUAAUUUUUAUUCAAUUUURAUAAUGAUGUAACUAGACUAUAAGUCGAAUUUCUGCUAGAUAGUGAGUAGCAUUAUAAAUGCCGACAUCAUUUGUUACUAGAUAUUGUAUAAUUCAUAUAAUCUUGAACAUUUUUGUAGGYAUACAGAAAGGAAUUUAAAUAAAUCUUAUUUUUUCUUAGUAA